CAGGGGUUCCGCUACAGUGGCAGAGGAGUGAGAUUCUCAGUUUUAGUCAGCCCAGGCACUGCAGAUUACGCCAUUAGUUCCGAGGCUUUUACUAGUUCGACGCACACCACAAGGCCCUGUCGACUCGAGAUGUCUGCCUCCGCGCUCUCUCCUCUCGUCCUCGCUGUCCGGGUUGGUUAGUGGCUCACUUACCAACACACGGGAUUUUCAUAAUCGGUCUCGAGUUGCAACAAAGGCGAGAGAAAUGAAAUAGAAGGAAGAAAAGUGACGAGGCUGCUGCUGCUGGUGAUUACGACACCUUUUUGGAAUGUUUUCCCACUACGGCGUCUUCCAGAACGAGUAAUCUUAAUCUGUUGCCCCGUCUGUUUGUUUGUACACCCGCUCACUCAUUCUCUGUCAGAGACCAAGAAGUAUAAAUCCCGUUCCUUCUCGGCUACUUCAUGACACAAGGUUCUUAAGCCAACACACAUCACCAUCGCUCGCUCCUCUAAUUUCUCCCAGUUUCUCAACUCGACUGGCUUUCCCCAUCUGCUCACAUUUGUUGUUAUUAUUACAUAUUUCUGCCGUUUUCUCCCUCCUUUCUCCGGCCCAUUCUCAAACCUGUGCAUGUGCCAACUAGGACCCUGUGUCAACUUUCUCCCUGUGUCUCUUACUGUGCACCUUUCACUCACAAUGAUUGUUUCAAGGCAAUGUGAACCUUGUUCUGUGACUCCACUGUAACUCUCUCCCUCUGUUUAUGACAGACAAGUUGAUGGGCUAAAGAAUUCUGAAACCCCGUUAAACCUAUUUUACCACACCUCGCUCAAGCCAACAAAUUGUGAAUUUCCGAACGAUAAUGCUCGUAAUCUCGCAAGAUCAAUAAACUUGCCUCUGGGAAUAUCCAUUUAACUCUGGCCGGGUGGAACGGCUGAGUAAUAUAUUCGCCUUGAGUGAAAGGCAAGAAGGAAGACUCUGAUAUGGCCAAAAUGAGGCAAUAAAAACGAGGCAUCAUCUGAUUCUUAUCAAGCUCUUUUUUGGUUCGUCCAUCGCAAAUAAACUAGUCCGAUAAAGGCAAAUCCAAGCAAAAAGGACAUACACAAUUGAGUCUGAAACAAGUGGUCCUCACAAAAUAAGUAAUCACGGACUAUAUUGGCUACCAAGUUUGGCAACUACGAAAAGAUACUGAAUUGCAUAGUCUCACGAAUUCUUGUUGAUAAAUUCCCAGACAUUGUAGACAUGCAUUUCAAGAAGGAAAGAGAUAAAUGAUACUACAACUGUUUAAAAAAUGGAUACUCUGGAAUGAAUGAAGCAGAUCAGGAGUCAGUCCAUCACCACGUGACAUUCUUCUAAAGAGACCAACUAUUCGUGACAAAAGCACAUUUCUUCCUUUCUCUGUGCAAGCAGGACAGGUGGGUGGUGAUAGCACAGCGAGAAAUCUUUUCUGCAUCGGCCGGCACGAUUGUUGUUGAACUGUGCAUUUUUGUCAAUGCGUUGUUAUCCUUGAGACCGGGUGAAGUAUAUCCGCACUGUCAGAAUGUCUCUGGUUUAUUAAGCUUGUGAAAGUGAAGUGUUGUAGCCCUGUAAGAAUUAUUACUGUGCUCCCCAUAUCAAACCUGACAACGACAUUACUCUGUUCCCCCAAAGAAUAUUUCGGAGGAAAAGAAGAGCCCAUAAAUAAAUGCUCUCUUCUGCCCAUCUCCAUUCGUGUUUAUGUCUUUUCCCCCACUCUCCAAACUUCAAUUUAUGUAUAUUACAAGUUGCUGACUACUACUUCGCUGACCAACUAGUUUACUUUUUCCUAUAAUGUGUGACAAUUUCGGGAAUGCACAAUUCCGCCAUUCGGUUGAGCAUUGCAAGUGACUCUUUCGACCAUUUUGUCCAGUAGCCGAAAAACCAUUGCAACUGAAGUUUUGCAAAGCUGCAUUUCUUAAGGACAAUACCACAAAGGCAACAUUUGUGUUGGACGAGGAUUUUCUUGGAUAUGAGUUAAACAACUUCAAAUCAACUUUAAUUGCUUUAAGGUGAAAUUGAGAUUUACAUAAAAACAUUAUAUUAGAGGAGAACUUAAUGGUGACAUAAUACAGGUAGUCGAAUAUACAUAUUCUCGAAAGAUAUGUAGCGUAACACAAGCAAUACUUUGCCAAAACAAUUCCGAAUUUUCUAAUUUAAGGAGACGGACAACCAAUUUUGUAAGACAGAGAGUGCACUGAUACAAAACCCUUGACCAAAAUGGCCUUUGCGGCAGCAAGAAUGAUUCGGAAGCAGGAGGUCAGACCUGUACCUGUGCAUUCUCGCAGACCUUCAAAAGACGACCACUCCAGAUCCAGGAGCAAGGGAUCCAGAGAAGGAAACGCGGCACGUACGAAGCCAGAGGGCCAGAAAGGGUCAUCUGGACCUAAAACACCAACACUCAGUGUUAAAAAUGGUCACGGACAGGGUAAAAAUGGCCAGAAGACGAGUGGGAAGCCACCCUCUGCGCAAAAGGGUCAAGUCAAACAGGCGCCCAAAAAUGCGCCCAACAACAAGAAUGGGAAAAAGACGAAAAAGGGCCAAAAACAGACUUACGACCUCGCAGUAACAAUUAAUCUGACGGACUUUGGACUUAAUAACGAACAAGUUGACGAAUACAAAGAAGCCUUCAUGCUUUUUGAUAAGGACGAAGACGGAACAAUUUCGCUAUCCGAGUUGGCAAUUGUUAUGCGAGCGCUGGGUCAAAGACCAUCAGAAACUGAACUGCAGGCGAUCAUGGAUGAAUGUGAUCAGGACCGUAAUGGCAGCAUUGAAUUUAAUGAAUUCUUAAUUUUAAUGUCCAAAAAGAUGAAGGAUGCAGAAAGCGAAGGGGAAUUAAUUGAAGCAUUCAAGGUCUUUGAUAAAAACAAUGAUGGGCUAAUCUCAGGGUCUGAACUUCGUCACGUGAUGACCAGCUUGGGAGAGAAACUUUCUGAUGAAGAAGUUGAAGAUAUGCUUAAAGAAACAGAUUUAGAUGAAGAUGGAAAUGUUAAUUACGUGAAUUUCGUUUCCGUUCUUUGUCAAAAGAACUGAAUUUGGAUACAAAUGUUUCGGAGCGUCUCCAAAUAUUUUUUGCAAAUGAAAAUGGUAUUGCUACAUUACUUUCUGUAUUAUUUCAUGUAUUUACACAUGUAUCAUUCAUGUACAAUUUAAAUUUGUUAUGAGCAAAACAAUUAUUUUUUGAUGAUUGGGCAAGCAAGAUAUUGAUUCUCCAUUUGCGUUACAUAGUCUGGUGGGGCGCACAUUAAAUGAAUUUGCAAGGGAAUUUGCUCCAUGAUGACAAACGAACAAAAAUUAAAUUUUUGUGAGGUUACAAUAAUUAGUGCGUGUUACUUGAGUUUACGUAUAUUGACCAUUGGUAGAACUGACUUUAGAGCACUAUUUUGUAUACGCAGCCCAACGACUCUAUCGUACAUAUAAAUUUAUCUUUAACAAAAAUAUGUAUGUGUAUGCCCUGCCUGACCCAUAAUCGGACUGGUCACGAUCGCUGAGCUUUUUCCUUGCCACCAUUGUCACUUAUCGACUCAACAACACGUCCCCACAAAUCAAAUCUCCAGUUUCAAUCGUCUCCUCUCAAAUUUUAGCGUGAAAACCGUUACUCGUUUCUGCCAACAGCCAAUUCAAUUUACCAAAUAUUUCGCAAAAUUCACAUUCAACAUUACGCAAUUAUUCGUCUUGAUGAUUUCCAGAGCUUUCCUGUGUAUCUCUCCAGCUUACUCUCUAAGAUAUUUCCACAAUUUUACACAAACUAUUUAAUUGUAAAAAUAUACCGGAAAAUUUUUACAAUCAAUAGUUCAGCGUGACAAAUGUGUAUUUCCAAACCGUUCUUAUGUUUCAGCCAUCAAUUGUUAUUAUCUGUACUUUAAUAUUGUAUGUAAUCUGCCAACAAAUAACUUUUCCCUUCAUCCAACACGCAGUGGUUUCUCCCUCAAAUGUUGGAACUUGUGUAUGUACUAUUAGCCACAUAAUAUGAAACACAUAUAAUUUAAAUUCCCCAGAGAUUAAAUGCCAUGAAAUUGUAAGUAGUUUGUAGAACAUAAAUAGUUUAUUUACAUACGUGUACAUACAUAUUUAUUAUUGACUGCAAAAAGAAAUUACGAUUCAUAAGAUUCUUUACCCACGCAACACAAAUAGGAAUAAUAAUAUAAACCCAUUUAUGUAAAUGCUACAGAUAUGUAAAACUCACUAAACUUAGGAGUUGUGUACUUAUUGUAACUCUUGGUAUUAAGGAUACUGGUUAUGCUAAGAAUAUUAAUCAGAGUGAGAGACAGAGAGUGAGAGUAACUAGUUUUCAAUUACUGUCGAGUAAAUACAAAUCUCUUUAAGUUAUGACAGUCAAUGUGAAACUAUGAUUUCAAACAGUGAAAUAAUAAUGAACGUAGUAGUUCUGUUACGUCUUAGCAGAAGAGCAUAGUUAGAUAACCAUAGAUUAUGUACAUACCAAUCUGUACCCAUACAUAAUUUAUGUAGUUCGAUCUCUUAAAUACGUAAUUACGACGCUGAACGAGAAACAUUUUUUUCUCAGCAGAGGUAUAAAAUGUUAGAAGUUUGUGCUUGUAGUGCCUACAUUAGUCGUACCUGGAGAAAAUAAGGGAAAUUUGGAGAGAGCAACUUCUUACAAAGUGACACUACUUGCUAAGAAUUCUUGCUGGUGUUGGUGCUAUGGCAAAAGGGACAGCUCAUGAUAUAAAUAUGAUGAAAAAUCAAAACUCACCAUGUAGCGAGCACAUAAAAUAUAAUUAUUUACUAUCACACUGUACUUUGCUAAGUAUAAAUAACAUAAAUAUGUACUAAUAAAUUUACUCGUAACGAAACAAUUUUUCUUUACUAGCAGAGCAACAAAGGCUUCACAACGAUUCACAAUAACUUCCACAUAGUAUAAUAUGAUUACAUGUGCAGCCAGACUGGCCAGCAACGGAAUCAGCAGUCGUAUCCAUAUUUGCAUAUAUUAAUUUACUACAACUUAAUGUGGCACAUCCAAAUUUGUCGAUGCAAUGAAUAAUAUAUUUGAUCAUGAAGAUUUAUCUGUUAGAUCAAAAAUGCAUUGAAUUUGGGUAAAAUGCUGAUAUUAUUAAUUGCUGAUGAAAUGUAAUAUGAGACUACUACAUAUUUAGUAUGAUACAUAUACAUACAAACAUACUGCUUCUUUAAUUCAUGUAAAUUGUUCACACACAAAUAUUUGGGAUUAUUUUAAUCGUCGAUCAGCAAUUAAACUCCUCAACAUUUUUAACAUGUUCAUGGAUUCUUCACAGUGUAUGUAAUUUGGAAUAUAAAAAUAUAUCUUGAGAAAUAAUAAAGAUACAUAUGUAAGUUGUGGAAA